AUGACCGAGACUGCAGGGCUCAGCCCUGAAGAUGCAGCUGCUGCACGAGCGGCCGAGCAGGCCCGCAUCCGCAAGGAACGUCGCGAGGCCAAGAUCAAGGCGGGCGGCAGCGCAAGACUGAACAAGAUCACUGGGCUGGGAGGUGGUAUCCAGAGAGGUAUGUACAACCCACCAUCUCGAGGACCCUCACCAGCACCACCAUCAGCAUCAUCCCCAGCCGUCAACCCUCAGCAGCCAGCCUCCGAACAGCACCAUGCCGACCCCGAGGAGAUCGACAUUUCCCAGCACUACUACAGGCCAGAGACGACGAACCGCAUUCCCUCAUCUUCUUCAGCUCCAGCAGGCGGCUUCGACCCCGACAACCUCUCAGAGAGCCAACUCCGCCAGAUGAUGCUGGGGUUCGACCGGCCCACCACCGCCGGCAACAACAACAGCAACGGUGGCGGCAGAGGGGGCAACCAGAACCCUCUAUUCGACCCUUCCUCCCUGCUUGCCAUGGGCGGCCCCGACAGCCAACCGUCCGACCCAGAGGAUGCCAUCGCCAAGAUGUUCUCGCAAAUGUUCGGCGGCGGCGGCGGCCUCGGAAGCACCCCCGGAGCGGGACCGUCCCCCUUUGGCGCCCCGGGCGGAGCCCAAGACCCCAACGACCUCUUCGCCAAGCUCGCCGCGAUGAACGGCGGCGGCACCCAACAACAACCGUCGCAACAGGGCGGCCCAGCAGGGACCACGAAAUCCGAUGCCUACACCGCCACCUGGCGCCUCCUCCACUUUGUCCUCGCCACAGGGCUCGGCCUCUACAUAGCCCUGGCGUCUGGCUUCACAGGCACAAAGAUCGAGCGAGAGCGCGGCGCCUUCGUGGCCACCACGGCGGGCUAUGGCGGCGAUGGAGACGCUGCCGCGGCCGCCGCGGCUGACAUGCGGCGGUACUUCUUCUGGACGUUCGCGACUGCCGAGGCGGUGCUGCUGACGAGCCGGUUCUUCCUCGACCGCGGGCGGCCUGCGCCCGGUGUGCUGAACAUGGUCAUGGGAUUCUUGCCCGAGGGGAAGUGGAAGGCGUGGCUCGGCACGGGGUUGCGAUAUUCGCAGAUCUUUACUACCGUGCGGUCGGAUAUCUUGGUGUGUGUCUUUGUGAUGGGUAUCUGUGCCUGGUUGAGGUCUUAG